AUGGAGAAGCUGGACCUCUCAAAGCUGAAAACGGCGUCGUCGGCCAUCGGCGAGCGCAUACGGUCCGGCGGCGCCCACCUCGACGGCACGGGGGUCGUCCGCGCGGUCGGGAGGAGGCUGUCGCCAGGCGGAGAUCCGGCGGCCCAGGGCUUGGCCCUCGACCUGCUGGACGCCCUCGCCUCGAAUUGCGAGGCGGUGCUCCCCCUGGUGGCGUCGGAAUUGGAGGAGAUGGCGGAGCUAAUUGAGGAUCCAAGAACGGAGCAGGGGGUUAGAGUGAGAGCGAUGCAGCUGAUUAGGGCCUGGGGCGUGUCCGAGGAGCUCGAGCACUUGCCGGUUUUUCGUCAGACGUACAUGGAUUUGAGGUCGAGAGAAAUUCAACAAGCCGCACAAAAAGAAGAUUCGUUUCCUCCCACAUUGUACAACCUGGAGUCUUAUCUCGGCCAACGCCACCCGUCACCUCCCAGGACACGCCCCGUUGCCAGCACCCGUGUAGAAGACGACGGAGGAGACGCCGCUCUACUUGGUUACGAUUUCGAGUCUGUUGAGGAGAAAAUGGAGCUUCUUGCUGAGGCUCGGAACACCCUUGAUAUCCUCUCCACCAUCUUGAAUUCUGAUUCUGUGGAGGAUGAGCUGACCAAAAGUAUGUUGGAGAAAUGCAAGCAAUAUUCUCUGCCGAAUGUUCAGAGAAUCAUAGAAAGCACGUCCGAUGAUGAAGUGAUGCUUUUCGAUGCCCUAAACUUACACGACGAGCUUCAGCUCCUCAUUUCAAGACACGGUGACCUCAUUUCCUCCAACUGA